GUGGCGGCGUUGCCCCAGCAGCAGCAGGGCCGGCGGCGGCGGCAGCGGGGCCGCGCCAUGGAGGGGCUGGAAGGUGAGGUUACAGUGCAAACUAGAGAUCUGCUGCCAUGUAAGAUUUGUGGAAGGACUUUCUUUCCAGCAGCACUGAAAAAGCAUGGACCCAUUUGCCAAAAAACUUCUGCCAAGAAAAGGAAGGUAUUUGAUUCCAGCCGACAGAGAGCAGAAGGAACUGACAUUCCCACAGUAAAGCCUCUAAAGCCACGGCCAGAACCACCCAAAAAACCUUCCAACUGGAAACGAAAACACGAGGAAUUUAUAGCAACUAUACGAGCAGCCAAAGGACUUAAUCUUAAAGAUGGUGGAAAACUGCCUCCUCCACCUCCACCAUCGUAUGACCCUGAUUACAUUCAGUGUCCAUACUGUCAAAGAAGAUUUAAUGAAAAUGCUGCUGACAGACACAUCAAUUUCUGUAAGGAACAAGCAGCACGAAUUACUAAUAAGGGGAAAUUGGCAGCUGACACCAAAGGGAAGCUUCCUACUAGACCACAGUACAAACCUGCUGCAGUUAAGAAGAUGCCUUCUGUAGGAUCAGCAGCACCAUCAUCAUCACGAUUACCACAGCCAAGUGCUGUUAGCAAAACUGUUGGUGCUUCUUCAAGUAAAGCACUAGCUUCAUCUGGAUCCAGUGGGAGCAAAAUUCAGACAUUAUCACCAGCUCAUAAAAACUCAUUGGGAAUGGUGAACCCACAAGCAGGAGGCGCAACAAAAACACGGACAUCAACCCCUCCUAGUGUGGCAAGAACCAUGAGCUCAGGUGCUCUACCAAACAAAAGAAAAACUAGCAAUUCAGACUCAAGGUCUGAUGGUAAAAUUGGAUAUGACAGUGGAGACUGCCCGUCCUCAGUCAAUGGAGGAAAUUCAUCUGUACAGUUAUCAAAGUUCUGUCAUGAAUGUGGAACAAGGUAUCCAGUGGAAUGGGCGAAGUUUUGCUGUGAGUGUGGAAUUCGAAGAAUGGUUGUAUGAACCAUUUGCUUAAAAGCAAAAAGAAAAUGAGAAGUCAGAAGCAUCUGCUAUGUACUGCUGCAUGAGAAGCUAGAGGACUCCUUCCAAUUAAACUUCAUGCUGCAAACAUCCUGAAACAUCUUAUUGUAAUUUUCUGAGUGCAAUCUUGUGGUUACACAGUUAUUUAUAAACAAAUAUAUAUACUAUAUAUAAAAAUAGCAGGUACUUCAAACUGUGCCGUUCAAGGAAAUACUCUAAACUCUGUUGGAAAUAUUUAAAAUUAGGCUUAAAAAAAUGUUAAGUAACUUAGCACAAGUGGUACAUUGUUAUUUUUCUCAUAAAUCCUACUAGAGAAAGGAUUAUUUAAAUCACUUAUGUAGGAUAGUACCCAUUGGGAGCUAGCCAUUGAGAACUGGGGCUUCCAGAGUUUUUCUGUGGAGGCAUUUCCUUCAUAUGUGACAGUAACAUAAGAUGCUAUGUUUUAAGUGAAAAUAUGAGCAGGUCCUCAUCAAUUCCUAGUUUUAAGUGCAAAAAGUCUGGAUCCCUUCCAAUUCUUUAACAGUAAUAUCUUAGCUGGACUUUCCAGUUACUUCUUAGGAUUUUUUAAAGAAUCAAAAUGGAAAAACUACCUGACAAUUCUGUUCACAUUUAAGAAGAAAAGCAAGGUUUUUGUCUGUGACUUUCUACGUUCUGUUUUCCAGUAAGAACUUGUUAAUAUUUCUAUGUAUUUUUAAGGACAUAUAUGGUAUUGUCAUUUAAGUUCCUUUUGUUCAGAAGUACUUGUUUUCCUCCACUGUGCUCCACCAUGACUAGCAAAACUAAAAGUCUUGUGUUUUUUGUCUUCAAAGAUUUCCAAAGGUCCUGUUCCUUUUUUCUCUUUCACACUUCCUGAAGGACAGUCUGUUUUUACCCUAUCUAAAUGUUGAAAUCUUAUUUUGAAAACACUCUUCUUUAUGUAUUCCUUAAAAAAAAAAAAAAAGUUCCAUAAAAAUGUAUGUUACUAGAACAGUAGAACUUGAUGUAAGUAGUGACUGGUUUUUAUUCUUACUCCUGUGCAAAUAGCACAGCUCGUGGAUGAGUGCAUAAUGGAAUAACUGUGCUCUAUAGGUUUAUGUGUUAAUAUCUUACAUGGAGUUUUUUGCAAUCUUGUGUGUUCUUGUGCUCUGAGCAGCAGCCUCUUCUAGCUAGCAACAAAGUUUGCAUUAAUUUGUUGAGAAGAAGAGUCAGGCCCUGGAAUUUGUUGCAUUUUUUAUAGAAUACACAAGAUAUUAAAAGCCAAAUCACUUAACUUGUAUCUGAAUGUAGUAAUUUCUUCUGUGAAGUUUUGCUUUGAAAUACUGGCACCAUUAUAGUUAUGUGUGAAAGAAAAAUCUGAAGUAACUUAAUUGUGCCUUUCCCACAAUAAAUACACUCUUUUGUCAGAAAUGGUCGCUUUCAACUCACAAACACCAUUAGUAUAAAUUUAGAGAAUCUUUUUGUAACUUAGGCAAAAUAUAAUUUAGUGUUCCAUGGUAGUAUUAUGAUUGUAGUUUUCAUUUUCAAAACUUGUGAUUACCAGCAAUAGGACAUGAUUGAAGAAAAGCAUCUCCAAAGCCCAGUCUUGGAGGAUGAGAGAUUUAAGCGACUUGAUGUAGACAUGUUGGAGGCCACAAACAAUUGAUGCUUUAGAAUUAGAAUAAGAAUCAUAGAAUGCCAGAUUGGAAGGGACCUCAAGGAUCAUCUGGUCCAACCUUUCUAGGUAAGGCUACAGUUUAUGAGAUGGCUCAGCACCCUGCAAGCUGAGACUUAAAAUGGUGCAAUGUGGGGGAAUCUUCUGCUACCCUUGUGAGACUAUUCCAAUGUCUGACUGUCAAAUUAGUUCAACUGUGUGGAACUUUCUUACAGUUUUUAUACAAAAUUGUUUUUAGAAAUUUUCUUUUAUUCAGUGUAGUCUUGUUUUGUUAUAAUUUGUAUAAGCUGGGUACUGAGCAUGGUAGGAUGGAGAUUGGUAAUGAUAGUUAGAACUGACAAAACCUUAGUCAAAGAAUAUUCAAAGAAAAGCUUAGGUUCUGUGAUCCAUAGUUUGGCAUAUUCGUAUGUGUAAUUGGAAAAAUUGGAGUCCUGUGUCCUUUGCAUAGGUAAGCCUGCUUUAGAAAAUUUGCACUGGCCUUGAGCAAUGAAAGUGUGCAGACUGAAUUAUUGCAAGUUGAAUGUCCAUCAGCAAAGACAGCCGUCCAGAAUAGGUUUUAUCAGUUAGUGAAUCUACUGAAGAAUCUAUUCCUUUGUGGGACUUCAUGAAUUUCCAGUUCUUGUUUCUAUUGGAAAAAUGAGUUUCACCAUUUAUUGAAAAUGCUUUCUACAAAGGGAAAAUUAAGUAAGGAAAUAAAUAUUUUCCAGGUUUUCCAGGAUUGCAGUAACUUUACAAAAAACAUAUGGACUGUUUCUCCUUUGAAUUGUAGGUGGCAGGUUUCCUAGUUUUGAAUCAAUUCAUAUGCAGUUACUAUUACUUCUGCUUUUUGAGCUGUUUAUGUAACUCCUUUCUUCAAAUGAAGCAUUUAGUAUAUUACUUGAAUAACAUGUCAUUUACUUAAUUUAUGUUUACAUGAUUCAUAGCAAGGACUAGACAGGGGAUUAACCUGAACUGAAAAAAAAAUAUUUUAGAAGGAUUUCCUGGAUUUUUAAUUUGACCUUACAAGAAGUUAUAUUAAAACAUAAAUGAUCGUUGAUAGUAACAUUGGAUAAUGUCUAUUUAUUUCAAUCUACAAUAAAGGUAAGCAGACAAUGAAAAUGUAAUUGAAUAUGCAGUUUAUUACUGUAUAGUGAGACUAUCAGAGGCCUUUUCCAUUUUAUCAAGAGGUUUUGCUACUGAAUGAUAUUAGGUUUCUGAAGUCUUUGAUGUUACAGACUAUAGACUGUAUUAUUACACAGGUUAUCAGUAGAGAUUGCUGUAAUUCCAUUUCAACUGAAUGUUUGUUAGGAAGUAGUAAAUUUGCUUUCACUAUGCCGCUGCAGAACCAAAUAGGGGAAACAAGUUUGUUAUAUUUAAAGACAAAAUAAACUAGUUAAGGGAGAUGGACUCAUUAAUCUUUAGGAACAUUACAUGUGUCAGGAAGUUCCCAAAUUUAUUAAUAACCUAGGUCCAAACUUUCUUACUGUAAUCUUCCCCCCCUGCCUUUAUGCCUUGGUUUUCAUGGGAGGAAGAACCAUAGAUUCGUAUACUGAGGGAGGAAUGUUCCAAAUUGUCUUAAGAAUCAAAAUACUGAUAGUUGUGAAGAUAAAGCCCCUAGAUGAAUGAUGCAUUGCUAAUGCACUACACAGAUAAGUCUAAAUUUAGCUAGUGUUAUCUCCUGGAUGCCUUGUUGACAUACUUAAAAACCUAAAUCGCUUAAGAGUUCAUGUGUAAAACUAGGACUGCAUGAUUACUCCAUUCGCAUCUUUCUUUCCAGCACACGCGCUCGCUCUCUCUCUGUGUGUAUAUAUAUAUACACACACAGAACAUAUAUAUAUAUAGGGUGUGCACAUGAGCACGUGUAUUUUGUGAGGGCCUUGUAAGUUAUACAGAUGUAAAAAGUUGUUUUGCUAAAGCAAGGUUGAUGAAAAACAGGACUGAACGCUCCUAGAGGACUGUGAAGCCACAGGCAGUAGACUAAUGUAGUUACUGUCCAUUUAAAGUGAAAUUUAUUUAUGUGAUUUUCAUGGUUUCUGUACCAAUGUCUGACCCUAUGUCUGCCACUGUAUCUUCCUAAUGUACUUACUAAGAUUCUUCCAUUCAAUUAAAAAAAAAAAUCAAAGGUAAAAUGCCCUCUAAAGAAAUUAGUUGGCAGUUUUUGAGGUCUAUCAUUCCCAUUUUUGUGGGUGCUUGCAUUCUGCUUUUGUAUGUAUCUAGUUAAUGAGGGACCAGAAAGGAGCUGUGAGAUCAUUGGAACGAGACUGAUACAAGUGCAAUGGAAUUAUAAAAUACCAGCUUCAAUGCUAAAAAAAAGAGCAUAGCAUAAGGCUUAACCUUUAUAUGAUGUAUCUUACACAGGUUUGUAUUUAUGCAUGAUACUUGCACUGUAGGUAGUAGUUUCAGAACUGGAAUCGCUUUUAAAUAUAUGGCAACUUAAGUGUAUCGUUAUUAUAUGGAUGAUUGAACCCUCAGCCUUACACAGCACUCUGGGGAAGUGGCUAUGAGGAGGUGCUUUACCACCGUUUCAGCUUGUACCUAUGAGCUGAACAGUUAGGCAGAAGGUUUUAGAUUUGCCAAAGAGGUUGAAAUCGCCAUGGGACGCCCCGGAGCCUCUGGGCAAGGCUGAGCCCGAGCCCGGGGGUUUCGGGGCCGGGCGGGAGCCGGUGGCCGCGGGAGCUCUCCAUGGUGCUCGGGGCUCGGCAGCAGCUCCCCCGGCUCCAGGCUGCAAACUCCAAAAUGUCUUUGAAAACCUCACCCAGUCUUCAAGCAUCCUGGAAGUUCUCUGUCAUCUGAAAGAGACUAGCUCCUAAUUCGUCGUUGCAGCUGAAACUUAGUGCACACAGAGAACUGUUUCAUGAUGCGCACUUACCAAAUCAGUGAAAAGAGGUAUGACUGCAGUAGUUUAAAUGCUAAUAAACAAAGCAUGUAGCAGUGCACCCUGAUGUAGGCUAUGUAAUUAGUCUGAGUGUGAAAUGGUAUUGUUUAUAUAUUGCAAAGUUCUCAAGAAGUGGUAGUUUCUGUCACAAAUGACUUGGUCAGUUUAGAAUUUUCAUCUUUGGUGAAAUUGGUUUUAGUGGUUCUGAUGAAAAUAGUUUUAUUGCCUUUCAAGAACAGUUCAUUCCAAGUUGCAGUUUUGUUCCUGGGUUGUUUUGCUUUUUUUUUUUUUUUCAACUCACUGAGUAAGGUUUGAGUUAACUAAUUGUGUUGUUGGAAGAAAUGUUAGGUAAGAGAUUCCCUACCUGUAUUCAGGAGUUACUUGGUUGGUAUUUUCUUUCUAAUAUUCACAAUGUAAAGGAUUAUUCUUGCAUACUAUUUUGUUUGGUAGGGCUUUUUUGCUUAUAUCAUUCCAGAAUACGCAUUUUUGGAGGAUCGUACAUAGCAGCAUUUUGUUUCAUGUUGCCAGAAAACAGCCUAUUCACAUUUUCUGUAAAAAUAUAAAACAAUAAAAAUGUGUCUCUUCUUUACAAAAGUAAUGAAUAGGGAAAUAUUUCUCCAAUGUCAAUAUUAGCUUUUGAGUCAGCAAAUGAAAUACUCAGUUUAAUAUAGCUGAAUAUUGAACUUAAAUUCUACAUAGGAGUGCAUGGAUUACCAUAGUUCUAUAUUUGGUUUUGGAUUUCUAGCAGAAGUGUGAAUGGAUUGGGGUCCGACCUGUAAAGUGCUGAGUAUUCUAUGACUGUUACAAUACCAACUUUAUAUGAUUGCUCUAAAUCUUCGUGUUCAUCCUUCAUAUGAUACUUAGUAUGUAUCUUCAUAAUUUUAUUUAUUGAUGUUCCAUGUUUUUAAAGCUAGUGUUCAUUCAUGCAUUUGAGGUGAUUAAUUUUGUCAGCAUUGCAUUGAUUAAGUUUUGCCUUGCCCCUCAGUACAUUGAGUAUUUGUUUGUGAACAUCCUGUGGGGUUUUUUUUGCAGAAUUCUUAGGUUUGUUUGCAUCUUAUUUGGUAUACGUUUAUUUUAAACUGUCAGUUCUGUUUUAAUAAAUGUAAAUCACCACCUAAUGCUUAUUUGCCACUUGUUAUCCAUAAAGCAAAUAUGCCAAUAAAACUUUCCAUGAUGCACAA